AUGUCCGUGAUUGAAAAGCGAAGAAUCAGCACAGACACGCAGUUUUACAGGCAGAAAACGCACGUACAAGGAGCGAACCUCAAACUGGGCAUCCCUCCCGCGAUGAGCCAAAAACGCCCAGACACGCAACAAGAAAAAAGGAAGAAGAAAAAAGUACAAACUGUUACACAAUGCUUGUACGAGAUGGAAAAAAAGGCGGGCUCUUCUCUUUCUAUGCACUUCUUCCCUCGCCUGGCGAACAACUUCAGCUUUUCGCCUCCCCGAUUAAUGGCUCGCAGGCCCUCCCAAUCCCACCCAAGCCAAGGUGAGGAUGAUGAUGAUGAGGAGGAGAAGAGCAAAGGUGAGGAGGGCGGUGGUAGUGGGAGACAUAAGAGCAUGCUUCCGCCAGCAAUAUUACUCGCAAUCCCCCGUAUCGUCGCCUUGUCUAGGCUAAUCUGCUCAGGGGUCGACCUGCAGGGUCACGGCCAGUGGCGUCAACGGGUCUCCAGGAACCGCGAUGCGUUAUCGAGAGACGAGAAACCCGUUGGCCGGUUCGCUGACAGAUGGAUUGGCUACUGCUCUGGUUGGCCGCGGAAAGCUGCAUCUCAGAAUGUACGAUGGAAGCCUCGUCAGGCCAAACGGCCUUUGUGUACAAGUACGGUAGCGAGCCACUUCAUUUCCAGGCGCACCCUGGUCGUCCCUCUCGAGUCCAGAAACGAAGAGGCCAUGGAAGCCUGCACAUGUUCUUUGGGAGACGCGACUCCACCAGGCCUCCUUGCCCCUGAUAAUAAAUCACCAGGCAUUGAUUACGAGCAAGCAGCCAAGAGACACGGAGAAUCUGCAUCUCGGGAAGGGCCUCGCCUAGGCGACACAGUGGAAUUUUGCACUCGGCCGUCACUGUGCCGUGGUCAGAUGGUGACUCUCUGGUUGGCAAAGUUGGAUUCAUCUGCACCUAGCGCUGGCAUCCUGCAGCUCGGCAGCUUGUGCGCGUCACGGUACAGGACAGGAGCAUUAGCAGCGUCGCCGGGUCGUUGCCGUUUGUCUGUCAUUGUGACUGAUCGUCGUGAUUGA